ACCCUCAAAAAUCUACCUCAGACUUCCUUCAGCUUCUUACAGAAAUAUGUUGGAGUUUUGCCAAGAUGGUAAAGCAGCAAUAUAAAAAGGGGCACAAAUGGACUAUGGUAUCUGCAGACUAGAACCUGCACAGAAUAAAGCCAUGAUGCUGUUGCUGAUUUUGGCCUUGACCCCGCUGGUCUACUCAGCUCCUAUCACUAACGUGUCCCUGCCACUGGACUGUGAAGAUGUUUACAUCCUUAAGAAAACUGCAAUGAAAAAUGCUUCUGUCCCAAAUGGAGUCUACACCAUUUACCCAGCAGGGCCAAAUAAACCCGUGAAGGUGUUCUGUGAGAUGGGCUGUGAGGAAGACGAUAGCCACCAGGACGGGAGAUGGACUGUGAUUCAGAGAAGAAUCGAUGGCAAUGUGAGUUUCUACCAGUCAUGGAAUGAUUAUAGGGAUGGAUUUGGUGAUGCCAGUGGUGAAUAUUGGCUCGGUCUGGAGAACAUGUUCCUGAUGACCAACACGGAGAAGUAUCAGCUGAGAGUGGACAUGGAGGAUUUUGAGAGAGGCAGUGCCUAUGCCCUCUACACCACUUUCUUCAUCGGCUCAGAGUCCAACAGUUACACGCUGAAUAUCGGUGACUACAAAAAUGGAGGAGCAGGUGAUUCUUUGUCCUAUGUGAAUGGGAGACCUUUUGCAACCUUUGACAAAGACCAAACUGGAUACUGUGCAGACACUAAUGGUGGAGGAUUCUGGUACAGCUAUUACUACUGGUACUACUACUACUACUAUUACAACUAUGGGUACUGCCACAUUGCCAACCCCAAUGGCCUGUACAAAUCAAAGAAUGUGAAUGCAAUGAACACGGGGAUCAUUUGGCAAACCUGGAAGGGUAACUACUACUCUCUGAAGAGCAUCGUUAUGAAGGUCAGAAGAAUUGGUCUGGAAGAUAUUGAAAAUCUUUAACUUCCCAGGCUGAGAAAUUUAGAAGAGGAGAACAGAAAUAAAUAAGUGUAGUAUCUCUGACUGCUCAGAAAUGGCUAAACUACUAAUCAAUACAUCUUAAGUCUUUGGGUUUCUUCCAAGGUAUAUCUGUAACGCUUUCAUUCUCAACUCUAUUUGUUAUAAUCCCUGUCUGCCUAUUAUUAUCUUUGUACCUCUUAAAAAAAAUUAAAUCCUUAUAUAUCAAAUAAAAUAAACCUGAUUUGAACAAAUG